AUUUCACAGGUGAUCGGUGCUGAAGAGUUAUGUUUCUCCGCUGCUUUGAUUCUGCCUGCUGUAAGCCACCAAACUGCUUCAUGGUUGAGAUUUUACGGGAAGGACUGCUAACGAAAUAGCUGCUAUGUCGCGUCACCGAUCAGUUCGCGGACUGAAUUAUGACGAAGAGUACGACGACUAUUACUGCGAUGCGUAUGGACACUCCGUGGAGGAUAGCGCAAAUUUUUGCGCUUCGCCUGGAUUUGAGCAGCAGUACAUGUUCGACCGUUCGAAAUCGACGGCUAUGGGUGACUACAUAGUUGGAACUAACCCAGAUGAGGAAGAUGAUGAUGAUGAUGAUAGUGAUGGGAAAGAUAAGGCUAUGUCGAGGCGUCGAUUGGAUUCCGUGCAUGUCGAAUUUCCAUCAAACUUGAGCCCCACAUCGGAAGCUCGUCUGAAGGAAUGUCUCGAAGUAUUGAGGGACAUUUCUGGCGAAUCAAUUCCCGAACCUUUUCUUCUUAACGCCGCUAUUGAGGCUAACUAUGAUUCAAAUAUCGCUCUCCAAAUUCUUCACGAUAAGCCGCGAAAUACAGAAGGACCGUCUAUUGACAUAGUUCGAGAAGGUAGUGAUGCUUCCUUGGAUGACCUGAAAGCGAAAUUGGAAACUAUUUGUCGUGAAGAUAAGUCAGCAAGGCCCAAGGUUCUAGACAAACUUGCUCCAUCAACGUCUCGAACUGCGUCGAGUUCGAAAUCUGGUUCUUCUUGCUCUACGCCUAGAAUGAUCAUUUCCCCGAGUCCAUCCUUGUCGAAACCAUCGCCUCGUGAAUCACAUAAGGCCAAAUUGGACCCCGUUGCGGAAUACGAAAAGGAACGCAAAUCCAGUCAAAAGCAGUGCCUGAAUAUGGUAGUAAUAGGACACGUGGAUGCGGGGAAGUCAACUUUGAUGGGACAUCUCUUGUUCAAGAUGGGACAAGUGAAUCAGAAGACUAUGCACAAGUACGAGCAAGAAAGCAAGAAGGUUGGGAAGCAGUCGUUCGCAUUUGCAUGGGUUUUGGACGAAACUGGUGAAGAACGCACCCGAGGGAUUACCAUGGAUGUUGGCCUUUCGAAGUUCGAGACGAAAACCAAAAGUGUAACUUUGUUGGACGCUCCUGGACACAAGGAUUUUAUACCAAACAUGAUAACUGGUGCAUCGCAAGCGGAUGUUGCUCUACUUGUAGUAGAUGCGACGAGAGGAGAGUUCGAAACAGGGUUCGAAAGCGGCGGCCAAACGCGAGAGCAUGCCUUGCUUGCGAGGUCUUUAGGUGUAUUGCAGAUGGGUGUGGUGGUAAACAAGCUGGAUAAUGAGGGGUGGUCCAAACAACGGUUCGAAGAGAUUUCGCAUAAAAUCUCCGCUUUUCUUACGAAGCAUGUUGGAUUGAGAGAUGCUGACGUCGUUUAUAUUCCAUGUUCCGGUCUGACCGGAGAGAAUCUAAUAUCACCACCGACGAACGAUGCAUUGAAAUCUUGGUACUCAGGCCCGUGUUUAGUGGAUGUCAUCGAAAAAUUCAGACCUCCAGAGAGGCCCGUUUCGAAACCUUUGAGAUUGUCAGUCACGGAUGUGUUCAAGGGAGUCUCGUCCCUUGUCAAUGUCAGCGGGAAAGUCGAAUGUGGGUUUGUUCAAGCGGGUGAGCGCCUUCUGAUAAUGCCUCAAGCUGAGCAAUGCAUUCUAAAAGCCGUGGCUUGCGAAAAUGCGUCAAGCGGAAUGACAGCUUUUGCGGGUGACCAAGUGGUGGCCUCAUUGGCCGGAAUAGAAGCUCAAAAUGUGUCCUUGGGAUCAGUUCUCUGUGAACCUCAAUGUCCUGUUCCUGUUGCGACGAGAUUUGUCGCACGUCUGGUGGUGUUCGGAAUCGAAAUACCGAUCACGCGCGGAUUUCCUGUGAUCUUCCAUCAGAACUCGAUGAGUGAGCAAGCUAUGGUGGUGAAAUUGAUCGCUUCCGUUCAUAGAUCAACCGGAGAGAUCUUGAAAAACAAACCCCGCUGUUUGCUAAAAAAUUCUAGUGCGCUCGUUGUUUUGGAAGUUGCACGCCCGAUUUGCAUCGAGUUAUACAAAGAUGUUAAAGAACUCGGUCGCUUUACCUUGCGUUGUAGCGGAGCUACGAUUGCUGCUGGGAUGAUCACCGAAAUUCUUUGACUUUCUUUCUGGAAUCUUGCAGUGUUUGAGGGCCGGGGAUUGAAGAACUUUGUCGUGAUAAAGGAAAGCGCUGGCUUUUCCCUGUGGAUUUCUGAAUAUUUUCUUCAUUUUCUUGGGAUUGGACCUUGAAAUGUUGCGGUGUCCGUAAAGUUUGCGUAUUAUGCCAA